UUACUUUUUGAUCACGUGACUACCUCAGCACAUACGAGAUUUGGCGAGAUCAUAACAUUCAAAAUGGUGGAAAUUGAAAAAUAGAAUCUUGUGAAAAUCAUUUCUUCAGAACAAAUUCGUCGCUCAAGACGCGUGAAGACAUGACUAAAGACAGAGGAGAAGAAGCAGAUAAGACCGGCAAGACUCACGCGAAGGAGUCGAGGUCAAAAGAAGGCGCUAAGAAGAAGAAAGAAGAAGGAAUACCCACAAAGGUGGUGAUCCGGCGGCUGCCUCCCUCGCUGACCCAGGAAACACUAGUGGAGGAGCUGGGCCCUCUCCCUGAUCAUGACUUCUUCCUGUUUGUGGCAGCUGACAUGAGCUUGGUACCCCAUGCCUUCUGCCGAGCCUACAUCAACUUCAAGAACCCUGAAGACAUCAUCAGUUUCAAGGACAAGUUUGAUGGAUACAUCUUCAAUGAUACUACUAGUAGCGGCAAAAAAAUGGAGUACCCAGCUAUUGUGGAGUUUGCUCCAUAUCAGAAGGUACCAAAGGGAAGAAGCAAGAAGAAGGAUACCAAGUGUGCAACUAUAGAACAAGACCCAGACUACCUUAAGUUCCUGGAAAGCCUUAAGAAUGACAACGCGGGCGAUGCCCCUCCAGCCAACAUUGAGUCAUUACUCGAGGAGAUAGAGGCCAGAGACAGGAAGAAAGAAGAAACGAAGAUGACCACACCCCUCCUGGACUUUAUCAAGAACCGCCGUGCAGCUGCAGCUAGAGCGCGGGAAGAGGCACGGGAAGAACGUCGGCGUAAAGAGGAGGACAGAAGGAGGCGGCGUGAGGAAGAAAGGCGCAAACGUCGCGAGGAGGAAAGAAGGAAGAAAAGAGAAAAGGAACGAGCAGAAAGAGCCAAAAAGGAGAAGGAAGGAAAAGACAAAGAUGGAUCUGAUAGCAAGGAAGAGGAGUCUGUCAAAUCUGUGAAGUUACUGAAGAACCCAGAAAGGGAACAGAAGGAGACAGAAAAACACCGGCCAAAGGAUCAGAAGAGGGACAGAACCCCACCAAGGAAGGACGACAGGAGAGAGAGUGCACGAGAGAGAAGAGACAGGGAGAGGAGAGAGCGCAGAGACAAGGAGAGGGACAGAAGGGAAAGGGACUCAAGAGAUGACAGGGAUGAAGAAAGGGAUUAUGGAAAGAAUGUGAAGAAAGACACUGGUGACAGAAAGGAGACAACCAAAGACGACAAAGAAAGGGAGAAAGAGCGGCAGCGGCAACGGGAAAAAGAGCGGGAACGGCAGCGCCAAAGAGAACGCGAACGCCAAGACAGACAGCGCCGUGAAAGGGAGGAGCGUGACCGUAAGAAGAGGCAGGAAAGCGAGAAAGAAAAGAAAAGGAACUCCUCUGAGAAAACUGAUCCUGAUGAGAAGACUGGGACAGAUGAUAAAGAGCAGGUAGAGACCAGAGGUGCACGAGAGCGCCACCUAUCAACUGAGUCGGACACUUCAAGGAAAUCAGAUGCUGCUGAAAAGGGGAGGGGGGCCAAAGGUGGGGAGGAUGAUGGUGAGAGAGAAAUGACCAAGGAGGAAGCUAGAGCAGAGAGAAGGCGGUUAAGAAACAAGGAUCGACCCACCAUGCAGCUGUACCGCCCUGGGGCACGCAGGCGCCAGCAGGAUACGGGGAAGGGUAAAAACACAGAAGAUGGUGCCCAGGAGUCCCCCAGGGAUAAGGGAGAGGACGACAAUCAGGAGGAAUAGAAUGUCGUGUUUAGAGCUCUUUGCUGGAUGAAAUAAAUGCUACUCAUCAACUUGUGUACAAGUCAAUUGUUUAUAAAGAGUAUUCUGUAUGUGAUGUUGCUAUGCUGGGGUAUACUUCUUCUUUGCAUUUAUGUGCAUAUCAUGUUUUUGGACAUAAGGAUAUAUAUAUGAUUAUUACAUGAAAUCUGUGUCAACUCAACUGAUGAGUAAGUCAGUAUCUUUACUUCCAUAACGUUAUUGGCAGUAAAUCAAGAUAGAUCAGUAACAGACUCUGCUGU